AGGAGGAAAAGGAACUUUAUAUAUAUUUCUCUCAAAUCUCUUCUUCUCUCUUCUCAACUGUCCUCCGUGUUCAACUCGCGUUUUUAGCAGACACAAAGUAGAAGGAGAAAUCAAAAAAAUAGGAGAGAGAAAGAAGUUAGUUUCUAGAGAGAGAAAUCAACCAAACAACACCAGUUUGUAGAGAGAGAAAAAAACAAUUACACAAUUUUCCGGCUAACUGUGUAAAAUUAAUUUUUCCAGUGAUAGUUUCCAUCAUUUGUCAAUUGCCGAUUUUGGUAAUUAGGUUUUGGAGAUCGGUUGGUAAUUAACCCGGUUCCGAUUCGGUUUGUUGUUUGUUCCGAAGUGACUAGGGAUUGGGGUUAUUAAAGAUUAAGUAGAUCUCUUAUUAAAAAUUGGCUUUGUCCUUGCUUACUAGUGUAGUAUACAUAAUAACCUAAAGCCAAAAGUGAUCAUGGCGGGUUUGUGAUGUAAUAUGGGCCUGGUUGGUGGUACAGAUAGAGAUAUGUCGUUUUACAUUGGUCGCGAGGCUUCAAAGUUGUGGAAGAGAUUUUGUGCAGAGGCAACAACAGAGAUUAAUCUUCUUGCAGAAAAUUGGAAAUAUAUUCUUGGCGGUUUGAUUUGUCAGUACAUCCAUGGACUCGCUGCUAGAGGGGUACAUUACUUUCAUCGGCCUGGACCAAUUCUUCAGGACGUCGGCUUCUAUCUUCUUCCGGAGCUUGGACAAGAUAGAGCUUACAUAAGUGAAACUGUGUUCACUACCAUCUUUCUAUCUUUUGUCUUGUGGACCUUCCAUCCUUUUAUUUUCAAGACCAAAAAGAUCUAUACAGUUCUGAUAUGGUGCAGGGUCCUGGCAUUCUUAGUCGGUUGUCAAUUCCUUCGGAUCCUAACGUUCUAUUCCACACAACUUCCUGGUCCAAACUAUCACUGUCGUGAGGGUUCAAAGCUUGCCACGCUUCCUCCUCCUGACAAUAUCUUACAAGCGCUACUGAUUGUUCCCCGGGGCGUGCUUUAUGGUUGUGGUGAUCUAAUAUUUUCAUCUCAUAUGAUAUUCUCCCUAGUCUUUGUGCGGACAUACCAGAAAUAUGGAACACGAAGGUUUAUAAAACAGUGUGCUUGGUUAGCUGUUAUUGCACAAAGCUUAUUGAUUAUUGCAUCGCGCAAGCAUUACACUGUUGACGUUGUUGUAGCAUGGUACACUGUCAACCUUGUAGUGUUCUUCAUUGAUAAAACAUUACCAGAACUGCCUGAUCGCACGAGUGCCUUGUUGCUUCCAGUGACCAAGGAUAGCAAGUCUAAAGAGGAGAAUCACAAACUGCUGAAUGGAAAUUCUGGAGAUCCUGCAGAAUGGAGGCCCAGAACCCAAAUCAACGGGAAGAUCGUGGAAGAUGGCAAAACAGUACAUGAAGCAGUGAUUAAUGGUGUAUAGACGAUAAACGUCAUGGAAUGCCACUAGCUGAUGCCCGGUACAUAGACUGGUAACAAUGCUAUAUUAUAAGUUGCUGGUGUUCUUCCAAGUUCAAUAGUUCUGGUUUUAGUGUAGGAUACGAAACGAAGUUCGAUUGCAAUGCUGUCAAUGUCUCCACGUUCCCCUGUGGUUAAAUUUAAUGUUCAAUCAAAUGUAUCAUGGAAUUCAUUUUAUUUUUUGGUUAAUGCAAUUAUUUCCUCA